UUCCGCCGCUCGCGCGUUUGCACGAGGCGAACCAGCCAUGGAGGACGCGGCUUCCACCUCUCCAGAGGCUCUGGCCGUCGGUGCAACCUCCGCCUCGGCUCCAGACGACCUGACCUCCCUAGAACAUCUGGACAAAAGCCAGAUUAGGAAGGCAGUAGAAGCCCUGUUGGCCCAUUCUAAGGCCAGAAGAAGCAAAAGAGCAUUGCUUUUGAAUGACAGCGAAAAUUUAUUUUUAAUGGUGAUAUUAUGGAAAAUUCCCAGUAAAGAACUGAGGGUUAAAUUGUCCUUGCCUCAUAAUAUUCAGUCAGAUUUAGCUGAAAUCUGUUUAUUUACCAAAGAUGAACUUGAAUCACCUGAAGAUACGGAACGUUUCUAUAGAAAGCUUUUGAAGAAGCAUGGGAUUGAAUCCAUCUCUCGAAUCAUCCCUUUCCAUACUUUAAAGACUGAAUAUAAAGCAUAUGAAGCCAAACUCCGCCUCCUGGGGAGUUUUGAUCUUUUCCUUACUGAUGAAAGAAUUAGGCGGCUUUUACCCACGCACAUAGGGAGACAUUUCUAUCAAAGAAAGAAAGUUCCAGUACCUGUAAACCUUCUUGCCAAGAAUUUAUCCAGAGAGAUUAACUACUGUUUGGGUGGAACUGUCCUGAACAUCUCCAAGAGUGGUUCCUGCAGUACUGUACGCAUCGGUCACACUGCAAUGGAGCCUCAGCACCUCACUGAAAACAUUGUUGCUGUCGUGGAAAAGCUGGCAGAAAAGUUGCCAAAGAAGUUGCAGAGCAUCAAACUCUUAUUCGUGAAAACCGAGAGGUCUGCUUCCCUUCCCAUCUUUUCCUCAUUUGUCAGCUGUGUGGAUGAAAACAGCCCACUAUCCUUCAAUGGUCUUCAGAGAAAAGAAAGAAAGAAAAAAGAGAUGAAAUUGCGUGCAAAGCAAAAGAAGAAAAACAAAAAGUUGAGGGCAAGAAUUCGGAAGUCUACACCAGUCUUACCAUGGGACCUGGCAUCUCAAGGUGGGGAUGAUCCAGUGAAGGACCCUGGGUCUCAGAAAAAAAAGCCAGGCAAAGUGAAAGGCCAGCCUAAAGCGACAGGCGAAGUUAACGUCCAGCCUAAAGUGACAGGCAAAGUCAAAGGCCAGCCUACAGUGACAGAUGACGAAGACGAAAUCCCACAGUUGGUACCAAUAGAAGGAACUCCAGCAAAAGAAAAUGUCCAGGUGCAAAACAGUGCCACAGCAAAGAAGUCUCCAAAGAAGAGUGUCGGGCCCAGCACACCUGUUGGCAAGAAGAGAAAGGCUCUGCCUACCAGAGAGACCCCUGGAAAAGCUCCAGGGAAGAAGCAGAGGGUGGACCAGAAAGACAAAGUAACAGACUCUGUGCUGGGAAAAAAAGACCUGAGACAGACUCCAAAAAAGCCAGAGGCCAAGUUCUUCACCACUUGUAAGAAAUCUGGAAGUAAUGAUCCCAGCACCCCUAAACAGGGACGAAAAAUCCCCUCUGAGGGCCAGUCUAACUAAAAAAAAAAAAAAAAAAAUCACUGGCUCUGCCCAGGACUUAACAGUUACCUGAGACUCUGUGUUUUUUUUUAAUUGUUAUUAUAAAGGUGAUGUACAGAGGGUUACAGUUAAAUAACAGCCUGAGAUGCUUUUUUCUAAUAUAGUUCAUUUGGGCACAGCAGGACAUGCCUGCCACCGUGGGGUGCUCAGGCUGGGGCCCGCAGGGGCUGGAAAACAGUAAAACCUUGGCUUCCUUGGGCCUGGCUGAGUUCCACCCCAGCACUGGGGGAAUAAAGAAGUGAAAUUAAAAGUAUUUGGAUCCCAACCCCCAUUGCUACUUUCUCUACGAGUGAGGUUUUAAGAACCUCCAUAGGUGAUUCUAACCUAUACUCCUGUUUGUAAAAGCCAAUGGCAAAGUAAAAUCUAUUUUUCAUUGUUCUGUGUAUUUGCUGAUGUAACAGUCUUCUCUGUGGUCAUCAUACACAAAUAAACUGUAACAUCUGUCUGGAUGCUUAUUGGAUAAUGA